CAGUAUUCGGACCCAUACUAAUUAAUUAAGCUCCUCUCCCUCCCAAUCCUUUCCUCCAUUUCUCUUGUUCGAAUCAACCCCUCUCUCUCUCUCUCUCUCACACAACACAGAGAGAUCAGAGUAAUUAGUGUACAAAUUAAAGGCAUACAUAGGCAUGAAGAAGAGAACAUUAAACAGUAACCAUUUUGUCAUAAGCCAAGUAUUAGAAGACUCAGCUGCUACUUUGCCUGAAGACGACGACACACAUAAUAUUUCUCCAUGUUCCAAACAUACCAAGAUUGCGUCUGCUUCCUCUUCCAAGAGAAGUAGUAGGCGAGUUAUAGAGAAGAGGGUGGUGUCGGUGCCGAUCAACGACGUCGGAAGAUCAAGGAUGAAAGGUGAUCAGAUCAGUGCUCCGCCUUCUGAUUCCUGGGCCUGGAGAAAAUACGGCCAAAAGCCCAUCAAAGGUUCCCCCUAUCCCAGAGGUUAUUACAGGUGCAGUAGCUCCAAAGGGUGUCCUGCAAGAAAACAAGUGGAAAGGAGUAGAUUGGACCCUAACAUGUUACUCGUCACAUAUUCUUGUGAACACAACCACCCUUGGCCGCCUUCUAGGAAUCACAGCCACCGGACUUCAGUCUCAGAAGAUGAGGCAGAAGUACAAGAUGAAGAUGAUGAAGGUGAAGAAGAAGAGAGAAAACCCAUUUCCACUCAUCAUGAACUGAUUUUUGAAGAUAAAUCUAGCAAUAUUGACGAGGAAGCGCCUGCGCCCCCGCCGCCUCUAAUUAAUGGUGGUGAAUUUGGAUGGUUUACAGAUUUUGAGUACUCCACAAUAUCCUGCACCAUGCUAGAGAGUCCAAUUUUAGAGGAGGAGACAAUAAUUACGACAGACGACAAUGAUCAAAUGGCUAUGAUUUUCACGAGGAGAGAAGAAGACGAGUCUCUCUUCGCUGAUCUUGGUGAGUUGCCGGAGUGUUCAAUGGUAUUCCGCCGUGGGAUGGCGCAAAGAGAGGUGGAGCAACGGCGGCAUAGCUUCGCCACCACCGGCUGAGACCAUGGGGCAGCCGGCCUGCUCCCACAAUUUGUCUUCUACCUCUUAAUUAUUAUGAUGAUCAAUUAUAUAUAUAUAAAUAUUAAUUAAUUCUGA